GAAGAAGAAUGCUAGCCUACAUACAAGUGUUAUUGGAGUCCUUGUAGUUGUAGCUUGUGUUUUUACAUCUGUGUUCUCCUGACCGUCUGUGUUUGAUUACAGACACUUCGAACAAACCGCUUCCUCGGAUCAUCUUGUGUCUCAACAUUUAGAUUUCGUAUUAAAAGUCAUGUUUGGAAGAAGAAUACCCUUCACACAGAUGGCCUUGGUUGCACUGCUUGGAGUUGGUGGUGGUAUUUAUAUCUACAAACCUUAUUUCGAGCCUGUGAAGACCCCAGGACAGCAAAACCAGGAUGUGCCAAAGAAACAGAGUGAAACAGACAACUCAUCACAAUGACUCCCAGGAAAUACUUUACAGACAGAAGCCAGAGGAAUCACGUCAGAGGCUGCUGGACUGUCAGAGCUGGAGGCCGAGCUAAAGACAAGACCAGCAUGGAUAAUUACAGGCUUAUUUGGGUUCUUUGUGUGGUUGUUAAUGUGCAAAAAUAAAAUAUGUAAUCAUUUGAACUCCUGAAAUUUCAUCUGUCUCAAAAGGAUGUGUGUCAAAGUUUCACACGUCAUUAUA